UGCUGGGAAACUACGGGUGAUAGCGCGGUAUCAUUAUCUGCCCUCACCCCUCUGUUAGCAAAUGAAUACGCAUCAGACAUCGAGAGAUCAGUCAAAGGCCGGCCAUAGUUCAGCACCGCAUCCAGAAUGAAAGGAACACUAUCGUCAUUCGUGCGAAGUACUCCCAAAAAGCCAAAGUACGAAGUCAGCGCAGAAAGGAGCCGGCAUCCGACAUACCCGUUCCCCGUUCCAGAACUACCAGCGUCCUUCGCCAAACAGCUAGACUACUCGCCAGCUGAAGAGGGUAAAGCCAUGAAAGGAAAUGAUCUCGACAUCAUAUAUUACCAGCCGUAUAUCCGCACUUCAAUAGCUGAUGGCAUGUUUGACUUCUUCCGGCAAGAGCUCUUUUUCUACCGUGUCCAGUAUAAGAUCCAUCGAGGCGGAAUAUCAAGAGAUAUCAGCACACCACGCUUCACAACCGUAUUCGGUGUUGACGAUACCAGCCGUUUCUCGGACACCCGAGAGCUUGUGGACGCGAAAACGGGCCGGAAGAUAGAGAAUUCGCGAUACAAAUGCACACCCCUCCCCCUCCCGCAGUGCCUGGACAUCCUGAGAAGAGUGACAGAGGCAACGACGGGAGAGACGUUCAACUUCGCCUUGGUAAACUACUACGCCGAUGGGAAUGACUCCAUCACCUAUCACUCAGACGAUGAGCGGUUUUUGGGACCGAAUCCCGUCAUUGCGAGUUUCACGUUUGGUGCCAGAAGAGACUUUUAUAUGAAGCACAAGGAGAAAAACGUACCUCAGGUCAAACUGCAGCUGGGCAGUGGCGAUAUGCUGCUCAUGAAGGGGACUACGCAGAGUAAAUGGCUGCAUAGCGUACCGAAGCGCGCGGGAGCGGAGGCUGCGAGGGGUAGGAUAAAUAUUACGUUUAGGAAGGCGAUGGUGAGAGGGGGCACGGAGAAUUAUUACCAAUACAAUGUGGGAACUGGAGGGGUGUAUAGGUGGGAUGACAGUGCGAAGAGGAUGGUGCCUUGGAGCCAGGGAGGUGAAGAGCCUGGACCAAAAGCAGAGACUCUUGCAUGAGGGGUCAAUGUUGGCCACCUCAUAUGCAUUCUGGCCUGAUGAUCUUGGAAGGUGUUUGUUGAUCACGUUAACUCUGGGCGGAUGGCUUGUGACUGGCCUUGGGAGACUCCCCAUUCCAAAUAGGAGUUUUGACAUUUAGUUCUCGUUAGCAUAGACUGACGAGAACUUGCAACUGUGUCAUUGGAAGACGAGCGUGAGUCGAGAGCGCUUCGACGUGCGCAAAAGGCGAACCCGAGUGCAUACCAUUAGAAACAGGUAAUACACGCCGUCCGCUA